AGCUUCUCGAAGUCAUCGUCUAUAAAAGGGCGUCAAGCGUCUUCUUCUUCUUCUCAGAGAGAAGACUCCGAGGCGCUCGAAGGAACCCUAGCCAUGGCAUACGUCGAGAACGGUGUUAUGAAACCAAAGAGGACAAUCUGGAGAUUGAGCAUAAUCAGUGAUUUUUUCUGGGCUAUAGUGAACCUCAUUGGGGUGUUUUUCAUCACAAUGUUCUCCUUGGACAAAUCAGAUGAGUACAAGAAAGGCACCGGUGCCACAAAGAGAUAUGGUGGUGGUGGUGGUGGUGGUCCUGGUGGAGGUGGCGGCCCUGGAAGAGGACCCCGUGCCCCUCGCUUCAUGUCUGAUAUGCGCUCAAAUGACCACAAUUCACUUCCUGCCUGUGGCUCCUGCUGUGGUGGUUAACACCCAUGAAAAUGGGAAUGUUUGGAAUCAAUAACAACGUCUGUCCGCAUAAAUUUGGUGAUAUAGAAUGCAAUAUAUGAAGACUUGAACAGUGGAUGUAAUUUGUUGGCCUUUCCUUUCUCAACUACAUUUAAAUGGACAAACAACUGGUACUUCAUCAUUAAUCGUGUUCCCCUCUCCAAGCAAUGAAGUUUGCAUCCAUCCCACUAACAUCCAGCUUUUAUGUUGUUUAUUAAUUAUCACCAUACCAAACAAGGGCGUUAUUAUUAAGUUUUUAUGUGGAGAAUGUGACAAACUUUUGACUUUGUUUAUUUAUAAACAAACCAAUGAUUAGCAAAUAAAGCACCUAUUAUUAUUGA